CGCACGUAAACCAAACCGGAUGUAUAAUAAUAAUCAGUUCUUUAUCAAGUAUUCAGUUUGUUCGCCUUUUAUCUGUAACUUCAGCUGUUUGAAGUAUAUUAUUUCAAUUAUCAUUUUUAAUUAUUGAAAACAAACUAUUGAAAAAACAUUAUAUAUUAUUUAUAUUAUCAGAAACAAAAAUACAGAAGUGUGUUCAACAGUACGAACAAUACGUGGAAUAUGAAUAUGAAGAUACUUUUUCUAUUUUUUGGAUUUGCAACAAUUGCACUGGCGUCAAAACAAGAUAUAAUGAAUAGCAUAAGAAAACAUAUCCACGAAUGCCAAAAAGAACUAAACGUAUCUGAUGAUUUUGUGGGCGAAGUAGGAUCUAAAACUGAAUCUGAUCCAAAGAAAGCUGGAGAAUUUGCUUGGUGCGUUAAUAUUAGGACAGGCAUACAAACUUUGACAGGAGAAUUUGUAGACAAUAAAAUUAAAGAAAUUUUUGAAAAUCUUGAGAUGGAUGAAAAUACUGUAAAGAUAAUUUUGUCGACGUGUAAACUGAAAAAAAGUAGCAGUGCAGGAGAAGCAGCUUUGUUUUACUUUCAGUGCUUAAAUGAUGUUGUAGAUUAGUCAACUAGAUACAAUAUUAAAAAAAAACAGAUAAUUUUAAGAGUAAAAAAGUAAAUAAAUUAUUGUUCGAUA